CAAUACGAUACGCCCACUGGUCGUCUUCUCCCCUACCUCGCGCCCUUCCAGAUCACACCACCACCGUCACCGCCUCGCCGUCGCCGCAGACCUCUCCGGCGACCCCCUCCCCCCUUCCCUCCGUCGGAGACCCCGUACAAUCCGUGCCGCCCACCACGAAGCGCCAGCUCGCGCCCCCGUCCCCGCUCCCGCAUCACGCAAUUCGCAUCGCCGGCCGCUCGGACCGCCCCCGCUCGAUCCGCUAGGGUUUUGGCGGGAUGGAUCCGCUCCGGAGCUACCUGGGGCGGGUCCUCCUCGAGGACGUCACCCCGGUGGUGAUGGUGCUGACCACCCCGCUCGCCGAGGCCGCGUGCCGCAAGAGCGGCCUCAGCUUCGUCGACAUGCUCUCCCCGUUCUCCCUCCUCAAAAAAAUCGACGUGCCCGUUCGCACAGCGAGUGACCAGCCUUACAGGCUCCAACAGUUCAAGAUUCGGAUGGUGUAUGCGUCGGAUGUCCGGAAGCAGGACUGCGAGGUUGCAGAUGCAAGAAUUAAGCUGGUCGUUUCCGAGGCCAACGAGAACGCUCUUCCGGAUUUGCUUUCAGACCCGCCACAGUUGGAAGAUGUACUCAAAAAGCCUGAAGCUGAGUUGUGCCCAUUGUGGAUUAAGAGGUUCAACAGAGAGCUAGUGCGGACACUGUCCUUUUCAGACCAUGAAACAUUUGAUCACCCCGUGGCAUGUCUUUUAGUUGUAUCGUCAAAGGACAAAGAGCCAAUCAGCAAAUUCGCUGAUCUGUUCAACACAAAUCAGUUGCCUCCUCUUUUAAAUGAAGGCAUAAUGGAUCCCCAGAUUCUGAAGCACUAUCUUGUACUUCAUGAACAACAAGAUGGACCACAAGAGAUAGCUGUGAACAUCUUAGCGGAAAUGAGGACCACCCUGGGCGUGAAUGAUUGUAAAUUGCUGAGUAUUAACUCUUCUACACAAGCGGAUGGCAGUGAUGCUGAUAAUUCGUGGUCAACCUAUAAAGCUCAUGGCCUGCACAAUAAUGAAGGAACUUGUUUCCUUAACAUGGAUGAUUUGAACGAGAUAAAGGAUUUUAUGCAAGAUUUUGCUUCUAAUCAUAUCAUUCCCUACAUGGAGCAAAAGAUCCGUGUGCUCAAUCAGCAGGUAGCCACAACAAGAAAGGGCUUUAGAAAUCAGAUAAAGAACUUGUGGUGGAGAAAGAGAGAUGAUGUCCCAGAAGCUGCAAAUGGCCCAAUGUAUACAUUCACCUCCAUAGAGUCGCAGAUCAGAGUUCUCAGUGACUAUGCUUUCAUGUUAAGAGACUACGAGCUUGCUUUGUCCAAUUACAGAUUACUUUCGACAGAUUAUAAGCUUGAUAAAGCUUGGAAGCGUUUUGCUGGUGUUCAGGAGAUGAGUGGACUUUGCUAUUUCAUGUUAGAUCAGUCAAGGAAGGAUGCUGAAUAUUGCAUGGAAAAUGCCUUCACUACAUAUUUGAGAAUUGGAUCUUCUGGUCAGAGAAAUGCUACUAGAUGUGGCCUUUGGUGGGCAGAAAUGCUUAAAACACGAGGACAACAUAGGGAAGCAUCAACUGUUUAUUUCCGCAUAUCAAAUGAGGAACCUUCCUUGCAUUCUGCUGUGCUGCUUGAGCAAGCUGCUUGUUGCUAUUUGCUGUCAAGUCCACGUAUGCUUCGGAAGUAUGGAUUUCACCUCAUCUUAGCUGGCAAUAGUUACUACUUGUCUGAUCAGAAACAACAUGCUGUUCGGGCAUACAGAAACGCUCUGUUUGUCUACAAACAAAAUCCUUGGAGUUACAUCAACAAUCAUGUACAUUUUAAUGUUGGGAGGUGGUAUGGAGUCCUUGGGAUAUUCGAUGUAGCUAUCAAGCACUUGCUGGAGGUUAUUGCUUGUAGCCAUCAGUCGCUGACAACGCAAAGCAUGUUCCUCAAUGAUUUCUUCCAUUUUGUUCAGAGUACAGGGGAAAAGUUUGAUGUAUACAAGCUUCAACUUCCUGUUUUCAACAUGUCAUCACUCAGAGUUGUAAAUGAAGAUCAUCGCACUUACGCAUCAAAUGCAGAUGUUGAUGUUAAUGAAAGCAUUUGGCAGGAGCUGGAAGAAGAAUUGAUCCCAUCAUCAUCUGUUGUUAGAACUAACUGGCUUGACACUCAGCCAAAAUCUUCUCCUUUUAGAAAUAACAAGGCAUGUAUUUGUGUUGCUGGAGAGGCAGUAAAACUGAACGUUGAGCUGAAGAAUCCUUUACAAAUUUCUGUCAAUGUGUCUGGCAUCUCCCUUAUAUGCCAGCUUUCCACCAAUUUGAACGCUUCAGAGACUGGUGCAUUAACAACAGCUGCCGAGGAAGAUAUAGCUAACACAAAGCCCUCUAUUUCGACAUUUGAAAGUGAUGGAAACAAUUUCACAGUAUCGAAGCUUGACAUUGUAUUAGGAGGAGGUGAAACCAAAAAAAUACAACUUGAAGUGACUCCAAAAGUUAUAGGUAUUCUGAAGUUAGUUGGGAUAAGGUGGACCCUGUCAGAUUCGGUAGUAGGCUAUCAGUACUUCGAAGUGGCUACACAAAAGAAAAACAAGAAAGGGAAAAGAGGGGCCCUGCGUUCUUUGAACAACAACCUGAUCGUUAUCAAGGGUUUACCUAAACUUACAGGAUAUAUUGAGUGCUUGCCAGCAAAAGCAUUUACUGGUGAUUUACAACUCCUCACGCUGAAUCUGAGAAACCAAUCAGAACAUGCUGUGAAGAAUAUAAAAAUGAAAAUUAGCCAUCCAAGGUUUGUAAUUCCCGGUGAUUCAUCAGACCUUGACCUUGAAUUCCCACAGUGCUUAAGAAAGCAUGUUCAAUCAGACAGCAACACUGUACCCGAAGGUACUAAGGAAAACGUCAAGGGUUCACUAUUUGCAUUUCCUCAGGAUAUUAAAAUUCAAGGUGAUGCCACAUUCUCUUGGCCUAUUUGGUUUCAUGCCGCAACUCCUGGAAACUUCUCUCUUUAUUUGUCUCUCUAUUAUGAAAUGGAGAGUACCACUGACAUUCCGUAUCGCACAUUGCGCAUGCAUUACAAUGUGGAGGUCUUGCCGUCACUUGAUGUGUCCUUUGCUAUAAGUAUGUGCUCAUCAAGAUUGCAAGAGUAUAUUGUGCGAAUGGACGUAAUCAACAAGACUCCAUCAGACUCAUUCACACUUCAUCAAUUGUCAUGUGUCCGCACUAAAUGGGCAGUUUCAACAUUACCCUCGCGUGAUUCCAUCAGCUUUGUGGAAACAGUACCAGCAAACCAGGCUGUGUCAUGCUUCUUCAAGAUAAAGGAUUUAAGUACAAGUUCAUGUAUUGAGGCGGCAGACGGUUCCUGUGGAAGUGAUAUAGUUUUAUCUCCUGGGGGUAGUACUGAUGUAUUUGAUGUUUCUCGGACUCCUAUCACUGAUUUCCACUAUCAAGAAAGACACCAACAAGGGAAGUUAGCUAAGGUGCCACGUAGUCUACUUGAUUUUAUUCUGAUCUCAAAGGCAGUAGCUGUUAACUCUUCCAAGACAGAACAACUGCUCUCUCAUCAUACCUGCCACUGCAGUGCUCUCAACCAGAAUCCUGUGUGGUGGCUUAUGGAAGGACCUCGAACAAUUACUCAUGAUUUCUCGAAGUCAUGCUGUGAGGCUAACAUCCAACUGGUGAUUCACAAUUCUUCAGACCAUAACGCUAGCGUGAGAGUGGUUACAUCUGACUGUAUGCCUGAGAAAAGCCAAACUGCCCCUUCACAUGAAUCUGCCAGUGGUCAGGGUGGAUGGUAUGACGUAUCUCUGGAAAAUGACAUAAAGGCCAUCUCAAGUACCAAGGGGGCACAUUCUCAGAAACAAUCAUCAGAAAGCAUUUCACCGUUUGUUUGGUGCUCAUUGAGUUCUGCUCAAGUUGAUCUGAAACCUGACAGUUCUGCUAAAAUUCCCCUAAAAGUGUGCAUAUUUGCACCCGGAACGUAUGAUUUUUCAACGUAUGAGCUGCACUGGAAAGUGCAUUCAUCUGAGAGUGGACAGGUGGAUGAAAAUGUGACAUCAGGUGGUGGCCAAGGGUAUCCUUUCUAUGUCAAUGUUCUUCAAGGCGCCUGAUGAAUUACAAUGAUGAUAAAGAUACUUCUCAUGAAGCUCAGCACAGAAAAACUUGCAUGUAGUUUAGUGCAGAAGCCUGUCCUGUGGCGGUGGACUGAAGAUGUAUGAUAUCACCAAUAUCACCAACCCAAGCUAGCGGACAGGCAAAGUGCAGAUGUACCCUGUAAGUUCCCAAAUUGGAUAUAGGACACCCAUAUACAUGGAUUCUUUUGUUGUCAGCUUCAAUACUGAUGCAUUUAUACGAGCCCUUUUUGAGGAUGAAUCAUGAGGAUAGUUCAGGUGAUUAGACGAUGUAUACCAUUGUUGUCGAUGAAACUGGGGUGCGAUGAACGCUGACAGACAUUUAUCGAGUUGUUUGUGUAUCCUAUAGCUAUGUUAUUCUUGUACAUCCUUCUCUGUACCAUUUUUCGCGAGGAGGUUAGGUAAUCUUCCUGAAACUGUUGUUCUAUGGGUGACAAUUGUACCUCGGCUAAAUGUUGAAUUGUUGAUGCCAGCGUGAUUUUUUCUGUUCUUUUGUAUGAAUAGGUUGAGCUCAUGUCUGCCUGGGUAUUCAUGUAUGUAUAGGAUUAUUUUUGGCAGUCGUGAUACUUGGGUAGUAACGUUUUGACUUGGUGUAAAUCAUAAUCACAGUUUUGCUAUGCACAUUUAAGAGAUGAUUCCAGUAUGUAAAUUAUUUUUAUCA